CGCCCGCUCCGCUCCGCUCCCGCCCGCUUCGCCGGGCCCCGCUGGCCGCGGAGAUGGGCGACAUGGAGUCCUACAAGGUGAUGCUGAAUGGGCCGGCACCCUGGGGCUUCAGGCUGCAGGGAGGGAAGGAUUUCAGCAUGCCACUCUCCAUCUCCAGGCUGACUCUGGGUGGGAAGGCAGCCCAGGCCGGCGUGGGAGUGGGCGACUGGGUGCUGUACAUCGACGGGGAGAGCACCAGUGCCAUGACACACAUCGAGGCCCAGAACAGGAUCCGUGCCUGUGGGGACAGGCUCUGCCUCACCUUGAGCAGAGCCCAGACCCAGCUGGGGAAGCCGCAGAAGGUACGUGUUGCUCCUGAUGCCGCACCCCCGCAGCCUCUGGAGCCCCCCAGCACCCCCGGGUGUGAUCCUGGGAAGCUGAGGAUGUUGGAGGAUGCUGAGGACUGGCAGCCCCGCACCGGGACCUCCCAGUCCCUCUCCUUCCGCAAACUGGCCCAGCUGACAGGCACAGAUGGCAUGGAGGAUGGUGAGGAUGAAUUUAUUAAAAAGCCCAGGCAGCCCCCGCAGCCUCUGGAGCCCCCCGGUGACACAGUGUGUGACCCUGUGAAGCUGCGGAUGUUAGAGGACAUUGUGGACUCAAAGCCCCACACCUGGACCUCCCAGUCCCGCUCCUUCCGCAAACUGGCGCGGCUGGUGGGCGCAAACAGCAUGGAUGAUGGUGAGGACGAGCCCAUUAAAAAGCCCAGGCAGCCUCUGGAGCCCCCCAGCACCCCCGGGUGUGAUCCUGGGAAGCUGCGACUGAUGGAGGAUGCUGAGGGCUGGCAGCCCCGCACCGGGACCUCCCAGUCCCGCUCCUUCCGCAAACUGGCCCAGCUGACGGGCACAGAUGGCAUGGAGGAUGGCGAGGAUGAGGUUGUUAAAAAGCCCAGACAGCCCCCGCAGCCUCUGGAGCCCCCCAGCACCCCCGGGUGCAACCCCGGGAAGCUGCGACUGAUGGAGGAUGCUGAGGACUGGCAGCCCCGCACCGGGACCUCGCAGUCCCGCUCCUUCCUCAAACUGGCCCAGCUGACGGGCACAGACAGCAGCAUGGAGGAUCAUGAUGAUGUGUUUGUUAGGAAGCCCAGGACCUUGGCUCAGUACUUCAUCUCUAAACCAGUUACUGCUGGGCAUGGGGGCUUGGCCAGCUCCCUCCUGCUUGUUGGGAUGGGGAGCCCUGCCUGCACCCCCUGGGCAGUGGGGGCGAGCAGGGCAGGCUGGAUUAACUGCUUGCUCUGUAGCCAGGUCUCCGUGCCGGACCCGUCCCCAGGAGCAACAAUGAAGACUGAGCCAGGACUGGCCCCCAGGACCCCCAGUGCCACCCCCAGCCCCACCAGCCGCCCACCCUGGGCUGUGGACCCCUCGUUUGCCGAGCGCUACGCCCCGGACAAGACGAGCACGGUGGUGAGCAAGCACAGCCAGCCGGCCACGCCGACCCCCAUGCAGAACCGCAGCUCCAUCGUGCAGGCAGCCCAGCAAGCCCCCGAGGGGCCCGGCCGCACCCCCCUCUGCUACAAGUGCAACAAGGUCAUCAGGGGACGGUACCUCGUGGCGCUGGGACAUUAUUACCACCCCGAGGAGUUCAUCUGCUGCCAGUGCAGGAAGGUGCUGGAUGAGGGCGGCUUCUUUGAGGAGAAAGGCUCCAUCUUCUGCCCCAAGUGCUACGACACGCGCUACGCACCCAGCUGCGCCAAGUGCAAGAAGAAGAUCACUGGGGAGGUGAUGCACGCAUUGAAGAUGACCUGGCACGUGCAGUGCUUCACCUGCAACGCCUGCAAAACUCCCAUCCGCAACCGAGCCUUCUACAUGGAGGAGGGACAGCCCUACUGCGAGAGAGACUAUGAGAAGAUGUUUGGCACCAAGUGCCGCGGCUGUGACUUCAAGAUCGAUGCUGGGGACCGGUUCCUGGAGGCGCUGGGGUUCAGCUGGCAUGACACUUGCUUUGUCUGUGCGAUCUGCCAGACCAACCUGGAAGGGAAGACGUUCUACUCCAAGAAGGACAAGCCUCUGUGCAAGAGCCAUGCUUUCUCCCAUGUGUGAGGGGUGGGAAUUCAGCUGUGCCUACACAUGCCCCUGGCCCUGCAUGCUCCUCUUCCCCUGCCCUGCUGGCCCCAGGGAGCCAGACUGGGCCCUUGGCCCUUUCCCUUGCUUCUGCCUCUUUCCUGGCAGCUCCUGGCUCGACUUCAGCCAGAUACAGUGCUGGGUCCAGAGCCUUUUAUAGCUGGGUGGCUUCUUAUAUGCUUCUCAACUGGCCCUAGGAGCCCUGGAAAGGGGAUGCUGCAUGGAUCUCCUGCCCCUGAGCCACGCAGCAUGGUGGGUACAACCAUGCUGAGGCUGGAAUUGGAGGGGGUCUGCCACGGCUGGCCUGCUCCCUUGCUGCCUGGCAGCUCAGUGCUGGGGCAGGGAUACUCCUUACACAUCCCUGAGUGGGUGAGGACCAGCUCUUGUCUCACUCUCCCCAACCUUCCCUGCUGUGUGCUUGGGGCUGGAGACCUGGCCCUGCUCCCCUGCUGGGGCCCUGCCCAUGACAACCCACCAGCCACCCUCAAACUGCAGUGGCUUCCUGCCCCAGUUGCAUUCCAGGGGUGUCUGUGCCUCAUGCCUCCCACCCUGCUGCCCCCCUGCUCCCCUGGGGCUGGCAACACCCCCAGCCUGGCAUGGCCCAGCCGUGGGCUGGCAGCGUGUAAUGAUGGCCAGCCCAGCCAGGCUGCUGCUCCCGCAAGGCUUGGGCACAGCUUCCUACCAAAGAGAUCUCUGCCACUGCCAUCCUGGGGCCACCGAUGCCUCCCCCCAAACCACACCCUCUGGUCGGGCUGCGCUGAUGUAGCCACGGUGCUUUUAGUGCCUUUAAUAAACACAUCUCUGCAAGUGCC